AUGACUGACAAUGUGGAACAAAAAGUUGGAAACAGAAUUUAUAAUUUUACUGAUACAGUUUUACCAUCAGUAGUUCAGAAGAUCUUAGAUUUAGAUUUUAAUUAUGGACUACCAACAACGAAUAUCAAUCAACCGGUCGUUACAAUUAUUAAGGACCUGGAGGGAUGCAUCGACAAAGUGAAAGAUGACAAGUUAUCCAACGAGGGUUUGACGGAAGUGAGAAAUAAUCUGAGAGCAAGAGGUGUAAAUAUUGUGACAAAUCACAUUAAAUAUCAGCGUAGAAGCAACAGCAAUCACAAGAAAAACUUCAACCUAGUUAAAAAUAUCAAAGUCACAAGAAAUUUCUUUAAACAACAUGAGUAUCUCUUAGUAAUGCGCUCAGAUAAAGGUAAUUCAACAGUGGUCAUGUACAAAGAAGAAUACCUCACAGAAAUGAAUAAGUUGGUUGGCGACCGUAAAACAUAUGAAAAGAUCAAAGGAGAUCCUACGUCAAAGCUACAAAACAUAAGCAACCGCUUAAUAAAGAAGCUUGUGGAUAUUGGUAUCCUUGAUAACAUCGAAGGUAAGCUAAUGCGAACUCACAGUGCAUUGGCACCAAGAAUCUAUGGCUUAAGGAAAACCCACAAACCUGGGUGUAAACUUAGACCAGUGGUCAGUAGCAUAGGAUCACCAGGUUAUGAGAUCGCCAAGUUUGUUCAUAAGAGUCUGUUACCGUUCGUAAUGAGUCUGAAAUAUAAUGUGACAGAUUCAUUUCAUUUUUUAGACCAAAUUAAACUGAAAAAGAAGGAAGGAUGUGCUAUGGGGAGUCCAGCAAGUCCUUCAAUUGCCAUCAUUGCAGUAGAUUAUGUUGUUUCAAUGGCGUUGACUCACCUUGACUUUGAAAUUCCGAUUAUUAAGUCGUAUGUUGAUGAUCUCUUCGCAGUGGUUCCAAAGGAUAAAGUAGACAGCAUCUUGGAUGUGUUUAAUAGUGUUGACAAGGACAUCCAGUUUACCUUGGAAGUUGAGAAUAACGGGAAGUUGCCUUUUUUGGACAUACUAAUAGAAAGAUCAGAAGAUGGUGAUCUUAUAACUUCUUGGUUCAAAAAACCGUACAGCUCACGAAGAAUUUUGAAUUUUAAUUCCAAUCAUUCAUUGAGCCAGAAAUUGGGGGUUGUAAAAGGGUUUUUGAACAGAGCCAUGCGCUUGAGUCAUGUGAACAAGACCAAGGAAAGUAUUCGCAUGGUUAGAAGAUUACUUUCAUCUAACAAUUAUCCAAACAAGGUCAUCAGCAAGUGUGAGAAAAUUGUGUCCGAGAGGAUUAGAAACAACAUCAGGAGCAACAAUGUCAACAGGAAUUGGUCGUUUAGCAGAUUUCCUUACAUAAAAGGCUUGUCACCAAGACUGGCAUCUUUAUUUAGGCACACCAACUGCAAGUUGGUAUUCUAUAAUGUAUUCAAGGUUAAGGAUCUAUUUUCCCGGCUAAAAGACAAAGUGGAGAGAGAAGAUAGAUCUGGCCUGGUAUACAGGAUUCCGUGCUCGUGUGGGAAAUGGUACGUUGGACAGACUGGGCAAAAAUUAAAAGCCAGAGUGAGACAACAUAAACUUGACUACAGACCUGAGAAGUCCAUAAAAAACAACAAAACAGCAUUAGCGGAACAUCACUUUGCUGAGGAUGGUCAUAACUUUCAGUUCGAGGAUGUUGAGAUUUCAGAUCUGGAGAAAAAUUACAUGAAGAGAAAUCUAAGUGAAAUGAUUUUUAUUAAGGCGAUGAAUUGUGUCAAUUUUAGAUCCGACACGCAAAACCUCAGUACAAUUUACAGUGACCUGAUAAAUGAUGUUAAGGAUUUAGUGAAGUCAUAG